CUCAGGAAUAAACUUUCCAACCGUCAAACCGGAACAUGAGCCGAUGUGGAGUAAAAUAUAUCAUGCAUGGUUCAAAGAAAUGUUUGACUUUACAGCGCCGGAAUCUCCUAAAACAGAAUGCUAAAAUAUGACUUAACAAAGAUGAAAAUGACAAGGACAGUCUUAAAAUAAAAUACACCUGAAUUCGCCAUCUUGGAAAAUAUAAGGAGUGCCCGGAAGUCGCGAUCCGGUGACUCUUUCCAUGUUGUGAUAUUUGAUUUGGGCAAAAAUCUGAAUUUUGACGGACUUAAUAUAGUGCGAAAACGUAAACAUACUUUUGUAUGACUUGAAGACAAACAUGUUCAUUGUGUAAACACACAUAUUUCAACCGAUAAAAUUGCAACGUGGCACAUAUGGUUAUGCAUAGUAUCAUAUUAUUUGUAAUAUGAAUCUGUUAUUCAGGAUAAUAUUACAAUAAAUUAAAAUGUAACCCCUGUGAUAAUCAUAUAGUGUUGGUGCAUAGACCGUCAUUUACUAGUUUUUAGUAUAUCAUAUUGGAUUUUACCAUUUACGGAUAAAAACAAAUCGCGUUUCGUCUAUUAGAGGAGUGUACUGCAUAAUUAUUAAAGAAAUUGGAAUGUGUAUUAUAACUAUGACACAGUUUUCAUGUCUGGAAUGUUUCAUUACUACUAAGGUAGAAGAACAAGAAGUCAAAUAGCGGAUUUGUUAUAUAGGCUAUGUCGACAUGGAUGAUAAUUACUGCUGGAUUUCUUGUCCAUGCAAUCGUAUUUAUCAGCAUAUUUGACAUUUAUUUCACUACACCAAUAAUCAGCGGCCUUCCAUCACACUCCUCCCCACGUCCGCCGCCGGCAAAGCGCCUGGUAUUUAUAGUCGCUGAUGGGUUAAGGGCGGACAAGACUCUUAUGCUGCAGCCGGAUGGAAGCACACCAGCCCCAUUUCUCAGAAACAUAGCAGAGAAUGAUGGAACUUGGGGCGUGUCUACAGCUGGUAUUCCAACAGCAACAAGGCCUGGUCAUGUUGCCAUGACAGCAGGUUUCUAUGAGGAUCCAACUUCUGUAGCUAAAGAUGUUCGUGGUGGGAAAAUCUAUUUCGAUACCAUAUUUCAAGAAACGACAUAUACAUGGACGUGGGAUACACCGAAGUUCUUGGAGAAAGUUGCAGAAGAUCACCCAGAGACGAUAUUUUCAGAACACUUUCCGGGCGAAAGAAAGUAUCUCUCUGGUAUAAAUCCAAAAGACAUGGACAGUUGGGUAUUCGAUGAAGUAACAAACUUUUUGAAAAGCGCCAAGACGGAUGCUGAUUUGAAGAAGAAAAUGAACAAGGACAAAAUUUUGUUUUUCCUUCAUCUUGGAGGUAUUGAUCAUGCAGGAUAUAUAGUCCGGCCAAAUUCUCCGGAAUAUCUGCAACAUGUGACUUUCCUAGACGAAGGUGUAAAAGAUAUUGUCGGAAAGUUUGAGGAUUUUUUCGGUCACGACGGCAAUACAGCAUACGUGUUUACUUCUGACCACGGCAUGACGAACUGGGGAGCACACGGAGACGGUAUGCCCGAUGAAAUUCAUUGUCCUUUGCUUGUCUGGGGUGCAGGAAUAAGAAAAGCUCUACCUGAGGAUAAUCUAAACAGAUAUGAUGACACACUCUCCCAAGAUUGGUCGCUGACGGAAUGGAAACGGUCAAACUUAGAACAGCCGAGUUUAGCAGCUCUGAUGUCAGCGAUCAUCGGAAUACCAUUUCCCAAAAAUGCAGUUUAUCCAUUUCCGGAUGGAUUUUUCGAUGUCGCUGAACAAGAUGAGUUUGAGAUACUGUAUGCUAACCUAAAACAACUUCUGGAGAACUUUCAAGCAUUUGAAAGAUAUACACACGUUGGACCAUUUGCCUUCAGCUUCCGUUCUUAUGGGUCUUUGUCGGGUUCCUUAAUUAGGUCUUUACAUACAGACAUCCAGGCGCUUAAUGUAUCUGGUAACUAUGCAUCAGCUAUAGCUUUGACAAAACAGAAGAUAGAAUUAACAGUACAAGGUCUCCAACAUUAUCGACUCUACAGUAAAACUCCGUUGUGGCUAGCAACAUUUAGCAGUUGUAUCGGAUGGAUUUGUUUUUGUGCUCUGGUGUUGAUUCAGCAACAUGAAAACUGGGAGGAUAUCAAAGUGACGACACCAGUCAUGGCAAAUACAAAACAUAUCAUUAUCCAGAUUGCCGUAGCCUUAGCAGUGUUUGAUCUCAUUUUUCUCUAUGCUCAAUCAACGCCUGUGACACAAUGUGUACAUUUUCUCCUGCCAAUACCGAUAUGGACAGCGGCUGUUAUCAAGUGGUAUGAAAUUGGCAAUUUACUUUCCAUCAUCAAACGCCAGAAACAGUUACUUCCGGUGGCGAUUCUCUGUGUCUUAUGCAUCAUUCUAAUUAUUAUGUCUAUGUACCACCGCUUCCUUCUAGGAGUUACAGCAGUAUUGUUUGCUCUUGUUACAAUUAAUGGAAACAAAACAGAAUUAGAUAAGAACCUCAGAUAUCAAUGGUUGCUUUCUACCCUUGGAAUUGCUGCUUUGGUUGCUAAACCACUGGGUGAUCGAGAUUUACAUUAUAAUUUAGUAAUUGUCAGUGGUGUUGCUGCAACAAUAUCCAGUAUAGCUUUCCAUUAUCACCUAGAGGGUUCUGCAGUGAAGGGGCGAUUGUCUCGACAUUUUGGCAGGCGGUUCGCCAUUUUUCAGAUUGUGAAGAUAGCCCUGGCGACUGGUAUUCUUUACUACUCCUCAUACCUGACUGAGAACAACAUCAGAACACCUCUCAGUGUUCAAAUCCCGAGUUGGGUUAUUUUCUUUGUUUCAUUAUUUGAACCUAUUGUUGUCAACACAGAUAUACAAAGUCGCCUUGUAGCUAUGUCUUUUGGAUAUGUGGCUCCCUUUAUACUUCUGAGCAUAGGCCAAGAGACACUUUGCUACAUCUUCCUAGUUUGGAAUCUUUACCUUUAUGUAGAGGUAGAAAGGAACCUCACAAAGUCUCAGCCAAUAUUUUUACCAAGGACAUCCGAUGAGUCAAACAACAGAGUUCCAAAUAAGUCGGUUUCAAACGGGAAAAGUUUCCCAAAUGGUCACACAACGGUGAAACAUCACAAACACACGAAAUCAAACGAUUAUCUUAUGUUUCAGCAAACUGUCACUGAGUGGCAGAAUCUCGACUUAGCCAAAGCAAAUGAAAAUGAAACACGAUGUAAAAGAGUACUCACAUCGGGAGAUCUUAGAAGAGCAUUGUUCAGCCUUUUGUGUAUAUUUUCGGGUCUGUGCGGGAGCGGGAAUAUUCUUAGUAUAAACAGGUAUGGGCUAUAUGUUUAAAAGGUAUGUAAAACAUAUUCAACAGACUGCAUGAAGCAAGACACGCUCUCAAAAAUGAUAAUGAUUUAAUAAUUAGAACAUUGACCAAAAAAAGGGUAUUGCAUUCGUAUCUGUUAAAUUACUCGCAUAAAAUCUGGUAUGGGAUCGCAUUCAAUGUCGCAAAAGGAUACUGUAGGACAGCAAAAACGUUUCAGCAUUACGAAAGGAAUAAGUUGUCAUUGAUUAGCGCUAUCACCGUGACGGUUCUAGGUUGUUUUCUAGAUCCAGCUAAAAUAGUUUAAAAAGGA